AUGCGUGCUUGCCCGCAACUGGUUCUCAUCCUUUCGGCCAUCGCUGCUGUUGAUGGUGCGGCGGGUUCUAAUUGUCGCCAUGGACGGCCGAAGAAUGGCAAUUCGAUUCCAGAUGUCUCCGCCAACCCGUAUCUGGCAACAGCAAAAGAUGCCUCUAGUAUUAUUCCCACUAUUUCGACAACAGUAGAGUCGGCGAAGACUGGGCAAGCGCAAACCGCUGUCUCGACUGAAAAGCCUCAAGUAACUGAGCCUACCAUUGAUGCCGGGGAUAUCCAGCCUCAAGAGCUCGACACGUCAUCACAGAAUACAGCUUCACUAUCGACAUCGCGCCAAACGAGAAGUACCAUGGCUGCUCUGAAGGAGCCUGCCAAGAAGUUUUGUGGCAAACCUAACGAAUCCGAGGUUCUCUUUGGAACGCCGUGGAUUGUCUUCUCCAUGAACUACAACUAUCAGUCUAUCAAAGGCUCUUCCUGUUGGAGCGUGCUAUGGGACAUUGAUCCUACUGUCGGCACGAACCUCGUCAAGGGUUACAACUUUAUCGGUCUCACACAGGGUCUCGAAACAAGGCUCAGUGAUAUCAAGAGUAUUCCCUCCAAGUACGAGUGGACCACUAGCAAGACUACUGAUUAUAAAGGGAAUGUUGUGUACGACUUUAUGACCUCUGAUACAAAGGGAGACUCAACCACUAGCAAGGCGCAGGAGCUCAUGCUCUGGCUAAACUGGCAGGGAGGUCAAGUUACUAUUGGAUGGGGUGAGGGGCCAAUCGCUACCAUCGAUGGACUAUUUGGCAAAGACGGCUGGAAGCUGUACCAAGGCGUCAACGCCGAUACUGGCAUCACAGUGUCCUCGCUCCUUUGUCCCGAAGAUGGCCAGUUCGGUGACGAAGACGGCGGCAGUUUUGAAGGUGACAUCAAGGACUGGCUUGUAGCCCUGUCCAAGGAGGGCGUGUUCAAGUCAGACACGUAUGUCAAUGUUGGAAAUGCUGGCAUGGAACCUUACUACGGCACUGUCGACUUUGACAACCAUCUGAGCCUUCGGAUCAACGUUUAG